CGUAUCCUUCGACGCUUCAUUUUCAACAAGCUACCUUUUUGUGCUGAUUUCUUCUUCUUUGCGAUGGCAGCUGCAAAGAUUCCAGAUGUGGUGCUUGUUGUGUGUGGCAUUCUUCUUGUCCUUUCUGGACUUUCGAGUGGGCAGACGACUGAGGAAUGUACUGAACGGUACCAAAACGCCUCGGCGGCCCUCACCAACUUGGAUCAGUUUUGUGACAUCACGGAGGAAUAUGUGGAGUGCAUCCUGAGGGCCAUGCACGCGCAGACCCUUCUCACAGAUGCAUUUGUGACUAAUUUCGAGACCUCCAUAGAAGCUGCACUAGGCCCGCUUCAACUGGACUGUCCCAUUGAGUUCGAACAAAUUGCGGCAAUGAUUCGUAAGCGAGUAUGAAAUCUGUGUCAACACAUAUGCGUCUUCCCUAAACCUCUCGGCACCACGAGCUGAGGUAUGUGCAGUUACUCAGGAACUGUACAUCUGUACCUUCGACGCUAUUAACCUAGACCUAAGUACGCUAACGGAACUGCAAAUGGAUGAGUUGCAGGAGCCGGUGUCAGCGAUGCACCCACCCAGCCCAGUCCCACCCCUACUGGUCCUGUCGACGUCACUACUGACAUUUCGGGAACUGGCAGAGUCACCGAUGGACCCGUCCCGUCCGCUGAACCAACCCAUUGGAGUAUCCCCGAUUGGACAACGAGAACUGGCGGAGUGACCAAUUGGCCCUCCCCGCUCACUAAACCAACCUUGGAACCUGGGCACAUCCACGAUGGGGCAACGGUAACGAGCUCUUUGGACACGCUGAUGUGGGGUCUGGUGUCCAUGGUGAUCGUGCUGUGGAGACGAGGAACGUUCUAAACCACAUGAUGACCCGGC